AUGAGCUCGCCAAAGAUGACACCAGCAAAAGAGUCUGCACCUGCAGACACUGCCACGUCCGUGCCUGCCUCUGCAGGCACCACCACUCCCGCGUCUACGCAUGUAGACGCGCCCGCGACAGAAGAGAAACUUUCUGUCGCUCAAUAUCACCUUCUGCAACAGCAGAAACGUACCCAGGACACAGCUGACACACUGUCAGCUUUCAUGCAUGGCUCGUCGGUGCUGAACACCGACGGCAGUAUCCCCAUCGACUAUGGGUCUGACAUCGAGGAUGUCCCCCAUGGAGGAGGACGAGGACGCCUCCUGCUCGGCUGCCGAGUCUAA